ACUGGUCGGGCACGUCAGCCGCCAGCUAGGCGACCAACUCUUCAAAACCCCGGUAUCUCUCUCAAGCUCUGGUCUUUGCCAAGAACAGCAAGGAGCAAGGCUCCCAAGCCGUUCAAUCUCCGGAGCAUUUUCCUCUCGUCCUUCUCCAAACCACUCGCCGGCCACCUCCACACGCCCCCCCUCGUUUCUUGCAGCUGGGUUUUGGCUUCCGGAGCCGCGGGAUUUCGACCGGAGCCCGCGUCGGCCAUCCGAUGGGGAGCAGGGUGAAGGAGGAUGAGAGGAACGAGAAGAUCAUCCGGGGUCUUCUCAAGCUCCCCGGCAACCGCCGGUGCAUCAACUGCAACAGCCUGGGACCACAAUAUGUAUGCACAAGCUUCUCUACUUUCAUCUGCACUAAUUGCAGCGGGAUACACCGAGAGUUCAGCCACCGUGUAAAAUCAGUAUCAAUGGCUAAAUUCACUUCUCAAGAAGUUUCAGCACUUCAGGAAGGGGGCAAUGAGCAUGCUAAGAAAAUCUAUUUCAAGCACUGGGACUUGCAAGGCCCUGUUAUUGACAGCAGUGAUGUACAUAGACUCAGAAAUUUCAUCAAGAAUGUAUAUGUUGAAUGGAGAUAUUCAGACCAAAGAAACGGCGAACAUUUACCACAAGCAAAGAUCCAGGGUAGUCAGGACUCAUAUGGAAAUAGCACCGCAGAUUCAUCUCAAGGAGUUUUAAGAAGUGCAUAUGUUGGAACUUAUGAAGAUAAUCAUAAUCUAAAGCGCACCACAGAAAGUCUCUCGGAAAAUCGAAACAGUUCUAAUAUACAUCCAGUGGGUAGUACAAUAGACCAAAAUAAUAGUUCUACAAUGGCAAGAGAAAAGGUCGACCUUAGAAGCCAUCUGCAUCCAGAUGAUCUCUUGAAAACUGAUGGAAAGUCAGAAAAUAAUCAGAAGGUUGUGGCCCCAUCAGCUUCUUCUGCAGUACAAGCUUCCAAAGAAGCAAAUAAGGCGGUUCUGCCCAUCAAACUUCCUGAUCCUCCUAGGUCUCAGAAAGCAACAGCAUCUAAUGCCUCUACUGAAGCACAGAAACCGUCAUCUUUGAGGACCGAUGAUCCUAGCCCUGCAACCUUGAAGGAUGCUAAAUUAUAUAUGUCAAAAAAUCUGAUUGACUUCGAUUCAGAUCUGGAACCUCCUCAAGGUGUCACUCAGACUGAUAUUCAGAAGGGCUCUUUACCUCCAACAGACGUUGGUUGGGCAACUUUUGAUGAUGUUACUCACAGAAACACUACAACCAUGCCUUCAACUUCCAGUACUAAUUCUGUGGAGGGUCCAAUGCUACAGAUCCCUGAUUUGACAUCAGCACCACAAAUUAGAUUUUCAAAUGGCAAGUCCUUGUCUUUUUCCCCGGCAAAUCAUGGAAGUCAACUGAACCAACAUUAUUUCUCUUCUGUGAAUACUAUCGAGUACAACAAUACUCUCCUGAACAGAGCUACUAGUGCUCCAGUUCAUAGCCAGCUAUGGAGAGCUGCAUCACCUACACCAACAACGCAAUGGGGAAGUAUUCUUCCUACUAAUCAGGUUUCAAAUAUGAUAGGAACUCACAAACCGGCUAUAGUAUCAGCAUCCCAGGAACCUGCUGCUGAGGCCACAGCUAAUGGUAGAAAGGCACUUCCAGAGGAUAUUUUUGCGAUGAGCUAUCGUCCAGUAUCUUCAGCCUGGAACUGGCAACCAAAUCCCCGUGUAAAUAUGCAAUACGGACAAUACCGCACGCAUAAUCCCGUGGGAAUUGUAAAUACAACUCAACUUGCCCAUCCAUACCCAGUAAAUCCUGUUAACUUGGCAGGAGGGCCUGCAUCAGCUCAUGCCUCCACCAGAUUCCCUUCUUUAACUUCUAUGCAAGAAGCAUUAGCAAAUCUGGGCAGUACUGCAUUGUUGCCGCGUGCUGCAGAUCAUCAAUACAUGGUUCAGCAACAUGCAGUUCAAGUACAAAAUAAUACUUUCCCCACCGGAUAUGAAGGAAUCAGAGGGAUGGCCACGACUGCCAACACAUAUGGCUUACCUUCGAUGGAUCAACGUUUGGCUGCUCAAAAUAUACAGGCCAUGAACCACAGUUCUUUACCCCGAGUUGGCACAAACCCGUUUGCUUAAUCUGUUACCCCAGUUCUGUCGUUGUAUAUAGUUUUUAGCAUUUGAUGCUACGUUUUGUCCGUGAGAAGAUGUUAGUGGAAUAAUGUAGAGGAUCAAGCAGACUGCUAAGAAAUGCCUGACCAUGACCAGUUUUGUGUAUAGGAUUUUAUUUUCGCUAUAAAAGAUGUUGAUUGCUCA